GGUCCGUGAUGGAUUCUGGGGCUGUAGUGCUUGUCUGAAACUUUCCUGUGAAGCACUUGGCUUUUUUUACUUCUUUUUUUUUUUUUGGGGGGGUGGGGGAAGGAGGGGCUUGCUUGGAAAGCACCUCUGCCCUCCAGAGAUGGGGAUCCCCUCGCUGGAUAGCUGCCCUGGUUUUCUGUGGUGGGGAGACCGAUGCUGAAUGUCAGGUUUGGAUGCGGUGGUUGUGCUUUCAGGACAGCCGCGAUGAAGCACUGUUUUUACAAUGAGACUGUGGGGUUCUUCUACAACAACAGCCGCAAAGAGCUGACCACGUACUGGAGGACAAAGGAUGUCCUGGUGGUGGCCCUGGGCCUGACAGUGAGUGUCAUUGUGCUCCUGACCAACCUGCUGGUCAUCACUGCUAUCAUCAUCAACCGGCGUUUCCACUACCCCAUCUACUACCUGCUGGGGAACUUGGCAGCUGCUGACCUCUUUGCUGGCAUCGCGUACAUGUUCCUCAUGUUCCACACGGGGCCCAGGACAGCAGAGCUCUCCCUGAAGACCUGGUUCAUCCGUCAGAGCCUGCUGGACACCAGCUUGACAGCCUCUGUGGUGAACCUGCUGGCAAUCGCCGUAGAAAGGCACCAGACUGUGUUCACUAUGCAGUUACACAGCAAAAUGUCCAACCAGCGUGUGAUGAUCCUCAUCUUCUGUAUUUGGGUCACGGCCCUGCUCCUGGGGCUCAUCCCGUCCUACGGCUGGCACUGCCUCUGCGCCCUGGAGAAGUGUUCCAGCAUGGCACCCCUCUACAGCAGGAGCUACCUGACCUUCUGGGCCAUCUCCAACCUGGUCAUCUUCCUGAUCAUGGUGGUCGUGUACACGCACAUCUUCAUCUAUGUCAAAAGGAAGAUGACACGGAUGUCCAAGCACACUAGCUUCCACCCCCGCUACAGGGAGACCAUGAUCAGCCUUGUCAAGACGGUCACUAUUAUCCUAAGUGCUUUUGUUAUCUGCUGGACUCCAGGACAAGUUGUGCUCCUCCUGGACGGCUUGGGCUGCAAGAGCUGCAAUGUUCUAGCGGUGGAGAAAUACGUCCUUUUGCUGGCAGAGAUCAAUUCGUUGAUAAACGCUAUUGUCUACUCUUACAGGGACAACGAGAUGCGUAGCACCUUCCGGAGGAUCCUCUGCUUUGUCUGUUACAGGAAUUCCAAAUACACCCCCACGGUGGUGAAGCUAAACACCACAGACCGCAGGACACUUUCUCAGAACGGGCACUUUACUGUGGAUUCCUCUAUUUAGCUCUUGAUCGGCGAGGCAAGCACGGUGCUGAACCGCGGCCAGCUUCUGAGCGGAAGAGCAGAGGCUAAGAGCGACCUGCUUCUAAAGCAGUAGAGACUUCUUUUAUGUGCUCAAGCAUAAAUAUUUCUAUAGAACACUUGUCGUCGAUAAAGGACAAGAUGCUUUUAAGGAACUGCUGAUGGUGCGUUCUUUAGGACAAACAUACUUUGAGUAGUGUUCUUAUUAAAGACUGCUAUUUCCAAUGCAAAGUUGGUUUAAUUUAGCAGCAUCUAGAAGUGUGCGAUGUGCCACAGGAAUCUCACGUGAUCUCUCCACGAGCAAAGUAUUUUCUUGGUACUUCAGUAUUACUGCCUUCAGAAGUAGUCGUUCCAGCGGUAGCAUACUCCAAAGAGCUCUUCAGCUUUACGCGUUGCUUCCUAAACAGAGCUGCUUAGUGUUUCCCCAGAGAGUCUUAUUCAGGUUGUGUUCCACCCACUUCAGAAGUCGUAUUCUUCUUAAGGCCUCUUCCGAGAGGAAUCUGUUUGAAUUGCUUCCUGAGAAGCAGAUUCCUGCUUUCUUAAGUGUCUGUUGCUGAAUUUCAAAGUAUUCUAGCCUUUUGGAGGAUGGCUGAGGAGCACCUAAUUCUUUCCUGCGAUGGAGAGUGAUGCUGUAACUAACUGCAGUUGUGUUUGUGUUCUGCUAAGUGAUACCAUGUGGUAUUCACAAGUUCAUUGCCUAUUCAUAAAUGUGGAGUGAGUCAUGUUCCCAUUAAACCAUCCUUCUACUCGCAGAGAGCCCUUUGGGACAGGUUUAGGUUAGAUUCCAAGGCAAUCAGUAUUUUGCUGUAGGUUUUAAUGUGCAGUUUGUACCUUAAUACUCAGCUGCCCAAAUAAUGUGCUAACAGUCUGUUUGGAUGUAGUCUUUCUCUCAGCAAAGCACCGCAAGACACUUAGCAGUAUUAAUGAAUAUUAGUGCACGUAGGAUCUAGUUUUCUGAGUAACUCCACUUGCCGCAUGGCAACUGUCACUUGGGACUGGGAGGCCACAGCGGGAGGGCAGAGGCUCUGCUGGCAGAAGAAUAUUCACAGCUGAGAAACUGUAAAUACUUCUCCAGGUUUCCUUUACAUUCACGCUGUUAAACUUUAACAGUGUGAAUGUGCCUGGGACAGUCUGAAAUCCAGAGUUAAUUCUUUACUGGGGGCUUCUGUGAGAGCAGGGAGAGGCUAACAGAAGGCAGGUUUUGGAAUAUCGUCUAAAUUUAUAACUUCAGAGGGUUGGGGUUUUUUCAUAAACCAGCCCUGUUCUGUCAAAUGAUCAGCUUCCUGACUGAUCACCUCAGCUGGCUUUGCAGAGAAGACAACUCACUGGUGGCAUUGUUACUCAAAUGUGUGUAUAUGGACUUUUUCUUGCAGAACGUGGUCAGGAAGCGAGUGUUAAGGUGACAGUCUCCUGGAUUGCCUGAAACAAUCUUGGAAUAUGGUUCCCAUCUCUGUGUCCCAGAGACUUUUUGAAUAAAUAUUUUGUCCUGGG